GAGAGAGAGAGAGAGAGAGAGAGAGAGAGAGAGAGAGACUCCCCGGCUCCCUCCCUCCCUCGCACACAGCGACUAGAGACGGACCAAGAGCAACGCGCAGGGAGAGGAGAGACCACCGAGAACAGCCCCGCGCUCUCACACAUACACUCACACUCUGCUCUCUUUCCUCUCCCCCCACCCCUCCUCCUUCCACCCCCACCACUAACACCAUCUCCUCCUCCUUCUCCGCAACAAGAAAAAAAAAGCCAUUUACAGGUAUUUUUUUUUUUUGGCGGAUCCGCAUAUUUAUUUAUUUUUCCCCCUAACAGUUUGUUUACAAGUAUUAAAGUUGUAAUUGGGAGCUGCCAAGACACAUCUGGAUUUGUGUUUCUUUGUGUUAGGGGGUGAUGUGCAACUAAUUAAAGGCAGACUGGCAGCGUCUGCAAAUCCUAAGGCUCCCCAAAUAAAAAGAGACUGUUGUAACAGUUGGAGGAUAAUGCAAAGGAAGACGCUGCCUGGAAAUUCGCCGACUGUGGAUAUGUGCCCCAGAGAGGAAUAAAGCAACCCUUCACGGUCUCUCUUCUUACCCCCACCCCACAGCCUCGACCCAUCUUUCCCUCCUAACCCGGCCCCCACCCCAACACCAACCAUCACCCCCUUCCCUCCUCCCCACCUCCCCCCCUUUCCCGCCCAGGUGUCGGACCAGGCGCCCCCCUCUUCCACCCUGCACCCCUUCUUUCCCCCCUGCACCAUGAACACCAAUGUCUGCGUGGAGCCCGGGCCGAGCCCGGAGGCCCCGGGCUUGCCCAAGGAGAGCCACCUGCCCGAGGGCGCCCUCAACAGCCUUGUGGAUUACAACUCGGAGAUGGAGCGCUACCGCUCCUUUGCCACCUCCUUCUACAAGACCAACGGGGGCGCCUUCCCGCAGGCGGCCAAGAUCGCGCGCAUCACCACGCCGAUCUUCCCCAGCAGCGCCGCCGCCGCCGCCGCCGCCGCCCGCAUCGGCAUGUCCCCCUGGAACUGCGACAACGCGGCCACCGCCGCCGCCGCCACCGCCAUGCUCUGGGGCAGCGGAGGCGGAGGAGGAGGAGGCGGAGGAGGAGGAGGAGGAGGAGGGGGCGGCGGCGGUGGCGGCGGCGGUGGGGGGGGCGGCAGGAAAUCCUCCUCCUCCUCCGCCUCCUCCUCCUCCGCCUCCUCCUCCUCCUCCUCCUCCAUCCACCCGGGCAGCGGCGGCAGCAGCAGGACCAGCAUGCACCAUCGAAACGACUCCCAGAGGCUGGGCAAAGCUGGCUGCCCGCCAGAGCCGUCGUUGCAAAUGGCAAAUACUAAUUUCCUCUCCACCUUAUCCCCUGAACACUGCAGACCUUUGGCGGGGGAAUGCAUGAACAAGCUCAAAUGCGGCGCUGCUGAAGCAGAGAUAAUGAAUCUCCCUGAACGCGUGGGGACUUUUUCCGCUAUCCCGGCUUUAGGGGGCAUCUCAUUACCUCCAGGGGUCAUCGUCAUGACAGCCCUUCACUCCCCCGCAGCAGCCUCAGCAGCCGUCACAGACAGUGCGUUUCAAAUUGCCAAUCUGGCAGACUGCCCGCAGAAUCACUCCUCCUCCUCCUCCUCCUCCUCUGGAGGAGCUGGCGGAGCCAACCCGGCCAAGAAGAAGAGGAAAAGGUGUGGGGUCUGCGUGCCCUGCAAGAGGCUCAUCAACUGUGGAGUGUGCAGCAGUUGCAGGAAUCGCAAAACGGGACACCAGAUCUGCAAAUUUAGGAAAUGUGAAGAGCUAAAGAAAAAACCUGGCACUUCACUAGAGAAACCGCCUUUGCUGCAUGUGAACAAUGUGAAUGGAGUUCAGAACCCUUACACUUGCACCACAACCAGCACUUUACAAAGUUGCUGGAAUACGUACGAAACAUUUAGGAAUCUUCCUCUAAGAACACCUGUUCCCAGCGCUGAAGCAUUCCGAUGGUUCUUUUAAAGGUGUAGUGUAUCUUAUUUUCAAGGCAGUCGGAAGUGAAUGGCAAACUAAAGUCUUGUUUUAAGAAACUGCUUAGUCCACCACUGAAGAAAAUACUCAGAUACUAUUUUCAUUUUAUGUAUAGGGGUUUCCUCAAAAACAAAUAAACAAACCAAUAAACCAACCACAAACAUAAAAAAAAAAUCUGGGAGCUUGGGGAAUUGGCCAGUCAGUACACUGAUUCUUUCUUUCUUUGAUGUAACUUAGGUAUACUAGUGAAGUUGUUGUCUAUUUUUAAAGUGGCUGUAAAAAAAAGAAUAAGUUUGGGUAAACCCCUGCUGUAAAAUCAUGUAUCUUUACAAAGUACAUAUCUAUACUUCAUUUUCCAAAUAUAUGUGUUUCAGUACUGUAAACUGUACAGAUAGCAGCUUGUAUUUUGUGUGUUUAGACACAAGGAGACAAUCAUGUCUGAGCAUCUAUGGAGAUUAACAGUUUGUACACAACAGUGUGGUUCUGCGAGUCAAAUCUGGAGCAAUAAAUUCUAGCUUUAAAUAUAUAUUUUUUGCCAGUUGUUCAAUAGCAGCGGCAGCAGCAACACUGUUUGGCCAUGCAUCCUCCUGUAGAGACUUGAUGCCAAGUUUUACAAGAUUAAAAGAUUAUGAUGCAUUUAGCAAUUACCUUCAGUUGUAUUGUUGUAAAAGGGGAAGACAUUAUAAAAAUUGAAAUGAAUCUUUUGAGCACUAUAUUAGAGUAGUGGUUAUGCACUUGCAUUGCUUACAAAAGAGAUGUACUGAAGAGGAUAACUCCAAAGUACUUAGGGUAGUUGACUUGCCUUUGACUGCACUGGAAGGUGGAGCACUCAGAAUAGUAGGACAUGCAGUUAUAUAUUUUAAAACAAAGUGUUUUCUAGGAUACAGAAUGAAUAAAACACCCUAUCUUAGGAAAAAAAUCCAUGGCUGACUAUAUUUGCCUGCUUGCUUGCCCACCAUGGGCUACAAAGUAGGCUUUUUUAAUAGUAAAAGGAAAACUUUAUAAAAUAUUUUAAUUCCAUAUAUGAUGUUCAGUGGUUAGAUUUGUUUUUGCAUUUAGGUGAGUGGAAACCUUCUGCAGCCAUGCAGGCCUAGCUACAUUCAUAUCAACUAACAAAGAAUUGGAUGUAGAUGUACAAAUGUGGUUCUUUAUUCCUUUACAUCUUUCUCUGUUGAUCCUACCUUGUGGCACCAAUGGUCUUCUAAAGUAGUUCUCACAAUGGAAGCCCCAUUAAAUUCACUCCUAUUCCAGUCACUCAACCCAUCUGUUGUUCACACGAAGAUAUUGCCAUACUACAUUGAAUAAGAAAAAAAAAGCAAUCUGGAAUAGAAAGAGAAAACCUAGACCUCACAGGAUUGAUUUUAUCCUUUAUUUGUGGUUUAUCAUUAUCAUAACAAUUAUGGAUAUGUAAGCCAUUUCAUCAAUACAAAGAGUGCUUGGAAUAAUAGCUAUGUAUUAAGUUAGUUUGUACUACAGAGGGCCAUGACUAUUAUCUGCUUCAUGAAUGAACCACAUAUUUUGGGGGAGGGGAGGGAAAGGGACAAAUCAGGUACAAAGUGUUCAAGUUGUCAUGUUAUUUCCACCCUUUCCCCUUUCAUCACUGGAUUAUCUCAAUCCACCAACUUUCUCUUUCUCUCAUCUCCUUCCCUUCUCCUCCCACCCCAUUCACCUGCUGAAGAAAAAAGCAUUAAAUGGAUAGCAAAGAGUUUUAUUUGCCAACGGCAGCUUGGAGACAGUUAAUCAUGACUGAGUGGUGCAAGGAAGCAGGUAACAUUAGAAUAGCAAAUGGAUUUUAUAGGACUUAGUUGUAGGUUUAAAUUGGGAGAGGCAUAAAUGACCAGGAAAGCAUAGGAUGCACUGUAUGUUUAGUGGACAAAUAUUAAAGCAUUUACAAGUUGAGGGAGCUUACAUAUAAUGAUUGGAAAGUCAAAAAGCUUUGCCCUAGCUUUUAUAAAAUCUGAGAAAAAUUCCUACAAGUCUUGGGCCACAAUAUCUUUUCUGAAGCAAAUCCCUUGUGUGUUUCACUUGUCAAUGUUUUAGAAAAAUACAAUAAAAUCACCAUAAAGAUAAAGUGUUUUCUAUUUAUUAAUUUGGUUGCUUUCUAUAUGAUGCUGUUUCAUUUUAGACUUUUUUUUAUCAGGACCUCCAUUUCCACUGUUGGACCAAUGAGAGCUCUCUCUGUAAGUUCUUAAUCAAAAUGCUGAACAAUUAAAAUUGAGCAUAGCUUUAUUUAUACAACUACUUGGUAUACUUACUUUUCUUCUCCUUCUCCUUCUCCUUCUCCUUCUCCUUCUCCUUCUCCUUCUCCUUCUCCUUCUCCUUCUCCUUCUCCUUCUCCUUCUCCUUCUCCUUCUCCUUCUCCUUCUCCU